GCUUGAGCUGCGUCGUCUGGGGAAAAUGUAACAACAAAGGAAGAAAUUCUUUUUCUUCACAAAAUUUAUUGUUAUGUUGACUGAUAGUGAUGCAGCAGGGUUAAUUAAGAUUGCAGAGAAUUUGACAAAAUAACCAAAUAGUCCCUGAAAACAUGUGACUGAGGAUGACUGUGCUGAAUUUUUGUUCCUCUUUCCCAGAGCAAAGUUUUAUUACAUCGGAUACCGCCAAAAAAGUAACCAUGUUUGGACUUUUUUUUUUCAUUUUAUUCACCCCUGGAGUCAGUGAAUUUCUUUGUACGUCGCCAGAUCUAGAAAUGUCAUAUACUUUUUGUGAUUCUACAGCUCAUGCUUUCAUGUUUAACCUGACACCUUGCAGCACCAUGAACAGACCCGUCUGGAAGGCUACUCUUUCCUGGAUUCCAAGAAGUGACAUCACCUUUUUGAAAGUUGUCUUCAACGUUUGGUAUGAAGGUGCCAGAGCGCUCCACUGGAAAGAAGUUGUCUGCAGCGGAGCUGAUGACGAAUACGUAGAGUGCUCAACGUUGAAAGGAGAAACAAUUGCAACAGAGUUUGACAUUAAAGGUGCAAGAAUAACGUUUCCAAAGGGCGAUUAUAACAUUAUUUUACAAGGAUUCUCUGAUGAUUCUGAGAAUAAUAUGGUCAUAUGUUUGAAUUUCACCAUGAUAGUAAAACAAGACUCUUUCUGACUGGGGCAAACAUUUCAAAUAAUUCCAGAGCAUGGAGGUUGCUUCUGCAAGCAACUGGAAUACGAGCUGACAAAUAAUAACCUCAUUAAUUUUCCUGAGGUAGAAUACGUCAGGUACUGUCUGGAAAGCUAUAUGAUGGAUAGUCUUAUCCAUUUAUAACACUGCUGUAAUCAGGUGCUCAGCCAAUGCGUGCAAAAUCACUGGGAAUUGGGCGUCCUGAUUAAUCCACGGAAUAACCCUGACUGGAUGUCAGGCUGAGGACUGCAUUUCGGUGCUGUGCCUUGAGUUAUGAAAAAGCCGAUUCCUUCAGACUGCGAUAAAUUAAUACAAGAAGUUUUGAAGUGUAAGAAUUGGAAGUUGACCAGUACUCAGUUUAAAAUAUAAUAGCAACUGGAUCUGGGAACCCUGUUG